AUGAGCUCGCUCUGCCCGUUCGCGAAAGCCACCACGGGCGGCGUGUGCCCCAUGAAAUCCGACAAGAAGCCCGACAAGAGCGGCGGCGCUGCGUGCCCCGUGACGGGCAAGAGCCAUGGCAGCGAGAACAAGGAGAGCGGCGCCGACCGAGCCACCGGAGAAGAGGGCGCGGAGGACCCUCGCGUGGUGCCUGCAAAGUGCCCCUUCGGCUACGACUCCAACACCUUCAAGCUCGGCCCCCUCAGCUGCAUGGUCUGCCAGGCCCUGCUCCACGACGCCAGCAAAUGCCUGCCGUGCUCGCAUAAGUUCUGCAAGGCGUGCAUAUCACGCUUUAAGGACUGCCCGUUGUGCGGUGCUGACAUAGAGGGGAUCGAGCCAGAUGCCGAGCUCCAGGCCCUCGUCGAUCGCUUCAUUGAUGGCCAUGCCCGAAUCAAGAGAUCGCUUGCUGGAGGGGACGACCAAGCAGCGGGUGGCAAGAGCAAAGUGAUAUACGAGGAUGUUUCCAUGGAGAGAGGUGCUUUUCUAGUGCAACAAGCCAUGAGGGCUUUUCGCGCACAGAACAUUGAAAGUGCAAAGUCGAGGCUCAGUAUGUGUGCAGAAGACAUCAGGGAGGAGUUGAAAUCUUCAGAAGAUAACCUAGACCUGUGUUCUCAGCUUGGGGCAGUGUUGGGAAUGCUCGGGGAUUGCUGUCGGACCUUGGGAGAUGCGCCUUCAGCGAUCACUUACUAUGAAGAAAGUGCCGAGCUUCUGUCGAAAUUGCCCAAAAAGGAUCUUGAGUUGGUCCAUACGCUCUCAGUUUCUCUUAACAAAGUUGGAGACCUUCGCUACUAUGGCGGGGACCUGCAAUCUGCAAGAAGUUAUUAUGCCCGUUCAUUAGAUGUUCGCAGAAAUUCAGUAAAGGAACAUUCAGCUGUGGCCUCCCAGGUCAUUGAUCUAGCAACCUCUCUAGCCAAAGUCGCGGAUGUCGAUAGAAACCUCGGUAACGAAGAUGCGGCUGUUGAGGGUUUUGAGGAAGCAAUCAAGUGCCUUGAGAAGUUGAAGCUAGAUUCUGAGCAGGCUAGUCUAGAACAACGGUGGUGCAUAAGGGAGGAGGGAGGUGCUCUAGUAACGGUGCCCUGUGUGUAA